UCCCGCUUAUGAUAGACUGUAUAUAGCUGUAGUCCUUUUAGCUGUUUUCCUGUGUACUACACAAGUACAGGGAUCCCGGGAAAAGAGAAAUUUAUAUGAACUGGCAGAGAUGAUUUCAGAAGUAGACAAACACAAUCCCCUAACGGCCUAUAAUAACUACGGCUGUUAUUGUGGGUGGGGUGGUUAUGGCACCCCGGUGGACGGCAUUGAUGCAUGCUGCCAGACCCAUGAUAACUGCUAUGGAAAUAUAACAGCUAAAAUCAAGAACUGUUCUCCGAAAUGGGACGGUUAUACAUACCAAGUGGUGCCUGGUAAUAAACCACUGCAGCCUCGACUGGUCCACUGUGGAGACAAAAACAGUAAACGUUUUGCCAAGGAUUCCCAGAAUAAUUUUGUGCUCAAUGGAAAAGAUGAUCAUUAUUGUCGCCUAGAGAUCUGCAGAUGUGAUAAAGGUCUAACCGAGUGCCUAGAACAGUUCAAAUUUACUGGAAAGAAAUCAUGCCCAAGUAAACGAUAACGGAUCUAAAAAUUACUGGCAUAUCAGUUUGGUGUGUCAAUUGAUAUUAAAUAUUUCUUCCAUCAAAUGACCAUAUCAAAAUAUCUUCCCCGGUACUCAAGCAGAAAUGGGGGGAGGCAUAUCUAGGAGGACAAUAAAGUCAUUAUUAUCACAGAUUAUUAUGCAGAUAUCUUUCAAUGAAUCUCACUCAUAAUUUUUUUUUGAAUGUAUUGUUUUAUAUCAGCAAAUAUUUUGAUAUUCAUGAUAUUAUAGUGGUUUAUUUUUUAGAGGUCAUUUUAUUGAACUUUCUUUUAAAAAAAAAAUGUUUAAAAGUCAAUUUCUUGAAUGGAAUAUACUUGUAACUUUCAGUACCUGAGUG